UUAAAGAGCUCUCUCUCUCUAGAGCCAGCCAAAAGAGGAGGCAAUUGCUAGCUGAUAUGGAAGGAUUUUGCUUUCAAUGGUUAUGUGUUAUUGUAUUUUCAUAUGUGUUACUGUUGUUUACACAGAAAGCGUUUGUUCAUCUUUGGUGGACACCAAAAAUAAUUCAAAAACACUUCAAGAAGCAAGGAAUCACUGGUCCUAAAUAUCAUUUUCUCUUUGGUAACCUCAAAGAAAUUGCAAGUUUCACUACUCCAUCUUGGCCUUCCACUUUUACCUCUCAUGACAUUCUUCCCAAUGUUCUCCCCUUCUACCAUCAUUGGAAGAAAAUCUAUGGUUCAAUAUUUGUUAUAUGGUUUGGACCAACGGCUCGUGUCACCAUUUCUGAUCCAGCUUUAAUUAGGGAUAUAUUCGUUCUGAAAUCAGAUAAUUUUGAGAAAAAUGAGUCGCCCGCGCUUGUCAAGAAGCUUGAAGGUGAUGGUUUGCUUAGUCUCAAAGGUGAAAAAUGGGCUCACCAUAGGAAGAUUAUUACUCCUACAUUCUACAUAGAAAAUCUCAGGCUAAUGAUUCCCAUGAUGGGAAAGAGCAUGAAGGAGAUGUUAGACAAAUGGUCAAAAAUGUCAAACGCCAGCGGAAAAGUAGAGAUCGAAGUGUCAGAAAUGUUCUCAACAUUAGCAGAAGAUGUCAUUACGCGUAUUGUGUUCGGAAACAGCUACGAAGAUGGUAAAGCCAUCUUUGAGUUACAAGCACAACAAAUGGUUUAUGCCACCGAAGCUUAUCAAAAAGUAUUCAUCCCCGGAUACAGGUUUUUGCCUAGUAAAAAGAAUAGAAUAUGUUGGAGAUUGGAUAAAGAAGUGCGUAAAUCUUUGAGGAAGCUGAUUGAAGAAAGGAGAAAAAUAGAUGAGGCGGUGUUGUCAGAAGAAUGUCCGAAUGAUUUAUUGGAAGUAAUGAUCAAAGCAGGUAGUGAUGAUGAAUAUAGAAAUAAUAUCACAGUUAAUGACAUUGUCGAAGAAUGCAAGACCAUCUUCUUUGCAGGCAAACAUACCACGUCUAAUUUGCUCACGUGGACCACCAUUUUACUCGCCAUGCAUCCUCAGUGGCAGGAAUUAGCACGUGAUGAAGUUUUAACUGUCUGUGGAGCACGUGAUCCUCCAUCUAAACACCAAAUUUCCAAGCUUAAGACGCUAGGAAUGAUAAUUAACGAAUCUGUCCGGCUAUAUCCACCAGCAGUGGCAGCAAUCAGACGAGCCAAAGUUGAUACACAAUUAGGGGAUUUCACAUUACCUAGAGGGACUGAACUCCUUAUACCAAUCAUAGCAAUUCAUCAUGAUCAAACACUAUGGGGACAAGACGCUAACGAAUUCAAUCCAGCAAGAUUUGGUCUAGGAGUGGCACAAGCAGCAAAACACCCCAUGGCGUUCAUGCCUUUUGGCCUCGGCGCCCGACGAUGCGUUGGCCAAAAUUUAGCAGUGUUACAAGCUAAAUUAGCAAUAGCUAUGAUCUUGCAGCGGUUUUCGUUUGAUCUUUCUCCAAGUUACCAACAUGCUCCUACUAUUUUGAUGCUCUUAUGUCCACAAUAUGGUGCUCCUAUUAUAUUCCAAAAGUUGUAGAGGUAGACAUGCAUCCUUAUAUAUAAUAUAUAGUAUGUGCAUGCUUGUACAAAACAAAAUUUUCCAGAUCAAAAAUGUUUUGUGUCUACAAUACAAUUUCUU